CGUGUUAGCAUCUCAAACUGUUCGCCAUGGUGACCUUGCCACGAUGGAGAUGAGUGGCCAGGUCGUCGUCUUGGUAGUUCUUGUGCUGGUUUUGGUCAUCCCACUUUGCGGCCGUGCAGCCGCGUGCGUGGAGGCGGAGAGGGAGGCGUUGCUGUCCUUCCUCGUCGCGGCCUCGCCCCGAGCAGGGGACGGCAUCGUCGACGAGUGGCGGCGAGGGUCGCCGGACUGCUGCACGUGGGACGGCGUGGGGUGCGGCGGCGACGGCGACGGCGCGGUCACGCGUCUGUGGCUGCCCGGACGCGGGCUCGGCGGGACGAUCUCGCCGGCGAUAGCCAACCUCACCGCGCUCACGUAUCUCAACCUGUCCGGCAACAGACUCACUGGCCAGUUCCCCGCGGCGCUGUUCUCCCUGCCCAAUGCCACCGUGUUCGACGUCAGCUACAACCGCCUCACCGGCGGGCUACCAAACUUCCCGGCGGCCGCUGCGGCGGCCGUUGCUCCCGGCGGCCUUUCGCUGCGAGUGCUCGACGUGUCGAGCAACCUAUUGGCAGGGUUGUUCCCGUCCGCGAUCUGGGAGCACACGCCACGCCUCGUGUCGCUGAAUGCCAGCAACAACAGCUUCCAUGGCUCGAUCCCGUCCUUGUGCGUGAGCUGCCCGGAGCUUGCCGUUCUUGACCUCUCCGUGAACAUGCUCAGCGGGGCCAUCACCCCCGGGUUCGGCAAAUGCUCGCGGCUGCGCGUUCUCAGCGCCGGCCGAAACAACCUCACCGGCGAACUCCUCGGCGACCUCUUCGACGUGAAGCCGCUGCAGCAGCUGCUGCUGCCGUCGAACAAGAUAGAGGGACAGCUUGAUCCGGCGCGCAUCGCCAAGCUGACAAAUCUUGUCACUCUUGAUCUUACCUACAAUGCGCUCACCGGUGAAUUGCCGGAGUCGAUCAGCCAGCUCAGGAACCUGCAGGAUCUCCAUCUGGGCCAUAACAACUUCACCGGAACGCUCCCGCCGGCGGUGACCAAUUGGACCAGCCUCCGGUGCCUCGACCUCCGGUCAAACAGCAUCACCGGGGAUCUCAUGGACGUUGACUUCUCCGCCCUCGUCAACCUCACCGUCUUCGACAUGGCCGCCAACAACAUCACCGGCACCAUCCCGCCGAGCAUCUACUCGUGCACGGAGAUGAAGGCGCUCCGCGUCAGCCACAACCUCAUGGGCGGGCAGGUCGCGCCGGAGAUCGGCAACCUGAGACAGCUCCAGUUCUUCUCGUUGACCGUGAACUCGUUCGUCAACAUCAGCGGCAUGUUCUGGAACCUCAAGGGCUGCGCCAACCUCACCGCGCUGCUCGUCUCGUACAACUUCUACGGCGAGGCGCUGCCGGACGCCGGCUGGGUCGGCGACAACGUCAGGAGCGUCCGGUUGAUGGUGAUGGAGCACUGCGCUCUGACAGGAGCGAUCCCGUCGUGGCUGUCGAAGCUGAGGGACCUCAACAUCUUGGACCUCUCCGGCAACCGCCUCACCGGCCCGAUCCCCAGCUGGCUCGGUGGCAUGCCGAAGCUUUACUACGUCAACUUGUCGGGGAACCAGCUGUCCGGGGCGAUACCGCCGUCGCUGAUGGAGAUGCGGCUGCUGACGUCCGAGCAGGCCAUGGCGGAAUUCAAUCCAGGCCAUCUCCCGCUCAUGUUCACCCUGACGCCGAACAACGGCACAGCGAGCCGGCAGGGCCGCGGAUACUUCCAGAUGUCCGGCGUCGCCACGACGCUCAACUUCAGCGACAACGGCAUCACCGGCGGGAUCCCGCCGGAGGUCGGGAAGCUAAAGACACUGCAGGUGCUCGACGUCAGUUACAAUAAUCUCUCCGGCGGCAUCCCGCCGGAGCUUAGCAGCCUCGACAGGUUGCAGAUUCUGGACCUGCGUUGGAACAACCUGACGGGCACGAUCCCUCCGGCGCUCAACGAGCUAAACUUCCUCGCCAUGUUUAACGUGGCGUACAACGACCUCGAGGGGCCGAUCCCGACGGGCGGUCAGUUCGACGCGUUCCCGCCAUGGGACUUCAAGGGGAACCCGAAGCUAUGUGGCCAGGUGAUCUCUGUCCCCUGUGGCACCAAAGUCGAGGCGAGAGGCGACACUUCGUCCAAAUUCGUCGGGAAGAAGCCCCUGAUCGCCAUCGUUCUUGGUCUCUGCUUGGGCAUGGUUGCUCUGAUCGUCUCCCUCGGAUGUGCUGUGAUCGCCGUAAGAAGAGUCGUGUCCAAUGGAGCCGUCCGUGAUGGCGGGAAAGGCGAGGAGGCGUCCCUGUUCGACUCCAUGUCGGACCUGUACGGAGACUUCUCCAAGGACACGAUCUUGUUCAUGUCGGAGGCUGCCGGCGAGGCGGCGAGGAGCGUGACGUUCUUGGACAUCCUUAAGGCGACCAACAACUUCAGCGCCGCGAACAUCAUCGGGUCGGGGGGCUACGGCCUGGUGUUCCUCGCCGAGCUGCAGGACGGCACCCGGCUCGCCGUGAAGAAGCUCAACGGCGACAUGUGCCUUGUCGAGCGGGAGUUCCAGGCGGAGGUGGAGGCGCUGUCCGCGACGCGCCACGAGAACCUCGUCCCGCUGCUGGGCUUCUGCAUCCGCGGGCGGCUGCGGCUGCUGAUCUACCCGUACAUGGCGAACGGCAGCCUCCACGACUGGCUGCACGAACGUCGCGCCGGCGACGCGGGCGCGGGCGCGGCGCCGCUGCUUCUGGACUGGCGCGCCAGGCUCAACAUCGCGCGCGGCGCCAGCCGCGGCGUGCUCUGCAUCCACGAGCAGUGCAAGCCCCAGAUCGUGCACCGAGACAUCAAGUCGAGCAACAUCCUCCUCGACGAGGCCGGCGAGGCCCGCGUCGCCGACUUCGGGCUGGCGCGCCUCAUCCUCCCCGACCGGACCCACGUCACGACGGAGCUGGUCGGCACGCUGGGGUACAUCCCGCCGGAGUACGGCCAGGCGUGGGCGGCGACGCUGCGCGGCGACGUGUACAGCUUCGGCGUCGUGCUUCUGGAGCUGCUCACGGGGAGGCGGCCCGUCGAGACCUCGCCGUCGCCGCACGGGCAGCAGCUGGAGCUCGUCCGGUGGGUGGCGCAGAUGCGGUCGCAGGGGAGGCACACCGAGGUGCUCGACCCGCAGCUGAGGGGCAGAGGCAACGACGAGGCGCAGAUGCUCUACGUGCUGGACCUCGCAUGCCUGUGCGUCGACUCGACGCCGUUGAGCCGGCCGGCGAUACAGGAUGUGGUCUGCUGGCUCGACAACGUCGACACCAUCAGUAGAUCAAACGUCUGAUUGUCUGAUCUCCCACGGCCGAACCUGUCAGAUCAGCGAAUUGAAGCAUUCUGUAAUGCAUUGCGGUUUUAAAAAACAAUGUUCAGUAAUGCAUUGUCAAAGAAUGAGAAAAUGACAGUAAUCUGAACACUGGAAAAUGACGUGUUGGUGGAGCAUCGAGUUG